AUGGCUAGCUUGUAUACAGAAAUAACCCCGGCAGCGGUCAGGAAUGCGAAGGGCUUACACCUUAUCACUUGUUUGACCCCCAACGGAAAUAAAGUCCACAUCCUCCUUGAGGAGCUGAAGGAUGUUUACGGACUAGAAUGGACAACUUCUUUGAUAGAUAUUGAUACUGAUGAGCAGAAGAAACCGUGGUUUCUAAAGCUCAACCCAAAUGGGAAAAUCCCCGUGCUCAUUGAUAACACCGGAGAAGAGCCUUUCCCCGUCAUAGAGUCAUCAGCUGAGCUACUCUAUCUUUGCGAGACGGUGGAUAAGGACCAUCACUUCAGCUUUUCCAAUGCCAAGGAGCAGUCCCAGAUGAUGCAGUGGCUUAUCUUCUGGCAUGCUUCGGGUCAACCUAACCAAAGCCAACUAAACCAUUUUGGAAGAUUUGCUUCUGAACAGAUACCUUAUGCCAUUGAGAAAUUCAAAGCUGAGACGCUCCGAGUUUACAACGUACUCGAGCUGCACCUUUCUGGACGUCUAAACUGUCAGCCUCGUGAAUAUCUUGCUGGAAAUGGUCCUGGAAAGUUUAGUAUUGCUGAUAUCAAUGCAUAUCCGUGGGUCAAGGGAUGGAAGCGCAGCAAAAUUUCAGAACAGGAGAUGGAGAGUUACCCACACUUGAAAGAAUGGAUAGACCGAAUUGCGUCCCGACCAGCUGUACAGAGGGGAACAGGUGAUAUGUACGAUGAGGAUAUUCAUCCCGAAUUACUCAUUACUGACAGCCUCACCCUUGAUAUAUUCAUCGGCAUCGGCGUUAAGCGUACGACAGAGCGGCGAGGUGGAAUGCGUGUGGGUGACACUGCCGGCAUCCGUGCGGUUACCUGGGCUCAGGUCGAGGUUACCCCGUACUAG